GCAUAUCGGGAAAGGGGGAUGAGCUGGGUUGGCUUCCGUGGGGAUAGCGAAGGCUAAGUCUCCCUCGGGUUCCUGGGAGAUGGGCCUUUGGCGAGGAGGUCUGCGUUAGCGCAGCGCGUUCGGCGCCACGAAUCUUGAUCUUGUCAACCAGGAUACAGUGUUAAAGUGCCAUGGCCUCAGCCUACCUCAUAGCGACAUCAGAUUCCUGUUCUCAAGCAAUCUUCCUGCCUCAUUCUCCCCAGUAGCUGGGACUAGGAAAGAACUCUUAAUGAAAUACACCAUCCAUUGUGAAAGUAGAAAAGUGAAGAUUUCAUCAUGCCUGCUGUGGCUUCAGUUCCUAAAGAACUCUACCUCAGUUCUUCACUAAAAGACCUCAAUAAAAAGACAGAAGUUAAACCAGAGAAAAUAAGCACCAAGAGUUAUGUACACAGUGCCAUGAAGAUCUUUAAGACAGCAGAAGAAAGCAGAUUAGAUCGUGAUGAGGAAAGAGCCUAUGUACUAUAUAUGAAAUAUGUGACUGUUUAUAAUCUCAUCAAAAAAAGACCUGAUUUCAAGCAACAGCAGGACUAUUUUCAUUCAAUGCUUGGACCUGCAAACAUCAAAAAAGCUAUUGAAGAAGCUGAAAGACUCUCUGAAAGCCUUAAACUAAGAUAUGAAGAAGCUGAAGUUCGGAAAAAACUAGAAGAAAAGGACAGACAGGAAGAAGAGCAGCUGCAACAACAGAAGAGGCAGGAGACGGGAAGAGAGGGCAGCGGCACAUCAGCUGAAGGUUCUUUGGAGAAUGUGUUGGAUUCCAAAGACAGAACCCAAAAGAUCAAUGGUGAAAAGAGUGAAAAAAAUGAGACCAAAGAGAAAGGAGCAAUCACAGCAAAAGAACUGUAUACAAUGAUGAUGGAUCAAAACAUCAGCUUGAUUAUAAUGGAUGCUCGAAGAAUGCAGGAUUAUCAGGAUUCUUGUAUUUUACAUUCUCUCAGUGUUCCUGAAGAAGCCAUCAGUCCAGGAGUCACUGCUAGUUGGAUUGAAGCAAACCUCCCAGAUGAUUCUAAAGACACAUGGAAGAAGAGGGGGAAUGUGGAUUACGUGGUACUUCUUGACUGGUUUAGUUCUGCCAAAGAUUUACAGCUUGGAACAACUCUGCGAAGUCUGAAAGAUGCACUUUUCAAGUGGGAAAGUAAAACUGUCCUGCGCAAUGAGCCUUUGGUUUUAGAGGGAGGCUAUGAAAACUGGCUCCUUUGCUAUCCUCAGUAUACAACAAAUGCUAAAGUUACUCCACCCCCCCGAGGCAAGAAUGAAGAGGUGUCUAUCUCAUUGGAUUUUACUUAUCCCUCACUGGAAGAAUCAAUUCAUUCUAAACCUGCUGCCCAGAUGCCACCUCUUCCCAUAGAAGUAGAUGAAAAUAUAAUAAUAAAUGAUCAAGAUGAGAGAAUGGGACCAUUGAAAAUCUCAACUCCAGUUGAACCAAUUGCUGCUUUUAAAUCUGAUGUUUCACCCAUUAUUCAGCCAGUGCCUAUUAUAAAGAAUGUUCCACAGAUUGAUCGUACUAAAAAGCCAGCAGUCAGGUUGCCUGACGAUCAUAGAGUAAAAUCUGAAAGUACCGAUCAGGAGCAGCAAUCUCCUCAGAAUGGAAAAGUUGUUCCUGAUCGUUCCACUAAGCCUGCAGUUCCCUCUCCAACUGUCAUGUUAACAGAUGAAGAAAAAGCUCGUGUUCAUGCAGAAACUGUUCUUCUAAUGGAGAAAAACAAACAGGAAAAAGAACGUCGGGAAAGGCAGCAAGAGGAACAGAAAGAGAAACUGAGGAAGGAAGAACAAGAACAAAAAGCCAGAAAGAAACAAGAAGCUGAAGAAAAUGAAAUCACAGAGAAACAACAAAAAACAAGAGAAGAAAUGGAAAAGAAGGAAGGUGAACAGGCUAAGAAAGAAGAUAAAGAAACCUCAACAAAGAGGGGCAAAGAAGUAACAGGAGUAAAAAGACAAAGUAAAAGUGAACAUGAAACUUCUGAUGCCAAGAAAUCUGUGGAUGAUAGAGGGAAAAGGUGUCCAGCCCCAGAAGUGCAAAAAAAGUCAGCAGGAGAUGUGUCUCACACAUCUGUGUCAGGGGAUUCAAGUUCAGGCAAGGCUCAACGAGAGCCUUUGACAAGAGCGCGAAGUGAAGAAAUGGGUAGGAUUGUUCCAGGACUGCCUUUAGGCUGGGCCAAGUUUCUUGACCCAAUUACUGGAACCUUUCGUUAUUAUCACUCACCCACCAACACUGUUCAUAUGUAUCCACCGGAAAUGGCUCCUUCAUCUGCGCCUCCUUCCACCCCUCCAAUUCAUAAAGCCAAACCUCAAGUUCCUGCUGAGCGAGACAGGGAACCGUCCAAACUGAAGCGUUCCUACUCUUCCCCAGACAUAACCCAGGCUGUGCAGGAGGAAGAGAAGAGGAAGCUGACUGUGACUCCAACAGUUAAUCGGGAAAACAAGCCAACAUGCUACCCUAAAGCUGAGAUCUCAAGGCUUUCUGCUUCUCAGAUUCGGAACCUGAAUCCUGUUUUUGGAGGAUCUGGACCAGCUCUUACUGGACUUCGUAACUUGGGAAAUACUUGUUACAUGAACUCAAUAUUGCAGUGCCUAUGUAAUGCUCCACAUUUAGCUGAUUAUUUUAACCGGAACUGUUAUCAGGAUGAUAUUAACAGGUCAAAUUUGUUGGGGCAUAAAGGUGAAGUGGCAGAAGAAUUUGGUAUAAUUAUGAAAGCCCUGUGGACAGGACAAUAUAGAUACAUCAGUCCAAAAGACUUUAAGGUCACCAUUGGGAAGAUCAAUGACCAGUUUGCAGGAUACAGCCAGCAAGAUUCACAAGAACUGCUUCUGUUCCUAAUGGAUGGUCUCCACGAAGAUCUAAAUAAAGCUGACAAUCGGAAGAGACAUAAAGAAGAAAAUAAUGAUCAUCUCGAUGAUUUUAAAGCUGCAGAACAAGCUUGGCAGAAACAUAAGCAGCUGAAUGAAUCUAUUAUUGUUGCACUUUUUCAGGGCCAGUUCAAAUCCACAGUACAGUGCCUCACCUGUCACAAAAAGUCUAGGACUUUUGAGGCCUUCAUGUAUUUGUCUUUACCACUAGCAUCCACAAGUAAAUGUACAUUACAGGAUUGCCUUAGAUUAUUUUCCAAAGAAGAAAAGCUCACAGAUAACAACAGAUUUUACUGUAGUCAUUGUAGAGCUCGACGAGAUUCUCUAAAAAAGAUAGAAAUCUGGAAGUUGCCACCUGUGCUUUUAGUGCAUCUGAAACGUUUUUCCUAUGAUGGCAGGUGGAAGCAAAAAUUACAGACAUCUGUGGACUUUCCAUUAGAAAAUCUUGACUUGUCACAGUAUGUUAUUGGUCCAAAGAACAAUCUGAAGAAAUACAACCUGUUUUCUGUUUCAAAUCACUACGGCGGGCUGGAUGGAGGCCACUACACUGCCUAUUGCAAAAAUGCAGCAAGACAGCGGUGGUUUAAGUUUGAUGAUCAUGAAGUUUCUGAGAUCUCCGUUUCAUCUGUGAAAUCUUCAGCUGCUUAUAUCCUCUUUUAUACUUCAUUGGGACCACGAGCAACUGAUGUAGCCACAUAAAGAGAUAUAGAUUAUGAGCUAAUUAUCUUUUAAAAGUCUUAGCAACACAACUCUUGAAUUGCUUAUAAAGGCAAUGGGGUAGCUAGCUGUAGCCGGCCACUUAGCAGAAACCUAGGACAGUGAGAGCUGUGUUACUCUACUCGUACUAUAUAAUUAGGUCAGUGCUAUUAUCAAAACUUGACAAAUAAUAUUUAACAAGUAUUUCAGUAAGCAUCAAUUACAGGUACCAUUUACUUCAACUUUUUUAGUCUGCUCCAAAGUUCAAAUAAUUAACUAGCUAAGCAUUAUUAUUCUACUAAUCUAAAAACCAUUGUAUCCCUUUUUUUCCCUUUUCAAUGUUAUGGCCUUUUUACAUUUCUAAAUCCCAGCUUGACUUACUAUGAAUAAUCCAGGAUGAUGUAAAGCAGAUUGGCAUGUAUGUGUACAUAUUUAUUGCACACUUGCACAUCAAGUCCAUGUACAUAGUUAAACAUAUGGUUCUUUUGUGAAACCUAGAACUCAGAGGAUUGCUUUUUUCUUUUCUAUUUUUUUUUUCCUUUUCUUUUUUGUCCUAUUCUGAGUAAAUGACAGGGCAAAGCUAUUUUUCUGUUGUCUUUGGGCUGUAUUUGUGCACUAAAUCUUUAUUCUAAAAAAUAAAUGGAAACUUUCUUUAAUUUUUUUAAAAUGAGUUUCAUUUGCACCUACAUUAAAAUCUUAAUGAGAAAAAUAA